ACCUGGGAAUGAAGGUACACUAUAUUUCUCUUGCUACGACGUAUCUUCCCCUGCAUGUCGAUAUUCGUUCAGCACAUGUAUGGAGCUGCACGGACUUGUGAAGUUCUCGUCUUUGUCGCAAAAAAAGUUUGGUCGAUGAACUCGGGCUUAAAAGUUAAAAGUCUCCUUAGUGGGCUUCCCCUAACAAGAUUGUCUAGCCAUGGAGUCUUCUCAGGUGCUCAAGGAGUACUUAUUAAGCAACUGAAUGGCAGCAGCAGAUAUAAAGGGUAUGGAGUACACUCAGGUGAAUCACCAGGCAGUAAAUAUGGGGCAAUCAUUACAAAGACACAAGGAUCAACACUGGAUAGACCUGUUGUUGUUAUUCUUGGAUGGAACAGUUCCAGAGGUAAACAUCUAAAAAAGUACAGCAAGAUAUUUGAAGCAAAGAACUUUGACAGUAUCUGUGUUCCUGCCAAUCCAUUAAACACAUUUUUUAGAGCUGGAACCAAGGUGAAGAAAAUCAGCCUUCAUAUUUUGGAUCUUCUGGUUGAACUUAACUGUCAAAGGAGACCUGUAUUUCUUUAUGCAUUUAGUAAUGGUGGUUGCGCUAUGUUCUUUCAUAUUAUGGAAGGCCUUUCAUAUCCUACAGAUUCUACUGAGUGA